AUGGAUGUGCAGCGAGCAACUUUGGAAUCGAUGGGUGUGCGAAGCAAGAAAGCAGUCGCCAUACACAUCUUGCAGGAGAACGUCUACGAGAGCAAUUUGGUCCCCGACAUCGCAAAUGUCGACUAUCUCGCGGGACACCAAGGGCGAAUGAAUCUCCAACCCUUGGCCGGGCUGCAAGUCUUUGUCGACGAUGUCUAUGUCUAUGGCCCCCUGCAAGAGAAAGACCUUGUUCGGGUAUUUGGCCGCAGAACAUCUUGUACUACAGGCGAAAAGGGUGCAGCCAAAAGAGUGGUAGCACAGAUCUCUAUCUUUGUUCGGGAAGUCUGGGGCGAGGAAGACGGGUACAAGAACGUUUCGAUAGCCCACACAGUCGAUGCAAACUCCAGUGGUACUAUCGUGUCGACAGUGGGGCAAAUCGAAUGCGAAACAGGCUACCGAGCCAGACGAAUCUGGAAGAGUCUGCAUCCUGGAGAGGAACCCGCUGCCUAUUUUGUUGCCAAGGUGGAUGUAUCGAAUGUACCCAUGGAAAGGCUGCAGGAAGGUCUUCCACACAUGCGGCGCCUGCUAGAGGCGAUCGGCUGGGGCCAAUACCAAAUAGACUACACGCAAGACUUCUCGGGAACCUUGGACAGACCAGCCUUGGUGCAGCAUUUGGAGAACGAGCACAAUUUCUUCCAACAAGGCGAAAUGGCACCCCCAGACAAUGCUGGUUGUAUUUUGGACAAUACAUCCAGUGUGGGAAACCAUGUCUGCACCCUUGUCCAAACGCGAAAUGGACGCACGACUUCCACCAAACUCUACAACAAGUUUGUGUCGCAGAUAGAGGCAGGAGAUGUUCGAGGGACCUUUGGGGGGCACAUGGUGGGUACUGUAGACAGCACAAACCACCAUCUCCAACGAACGCUGUUCCAUCCGGCUGUGCUUGCGAGAGGUUGUACACGAAUCGAGGUUUCGCUCUACGGCUGUGGCGCAGAGGAUCUUUCCACAACUGUAGCGGAAGAACUGGUUGCGGAGGUUUUGGAGUUGGUCUCCCCAACGUGCCAACACGACAACGAAUGCCAACCCCAACGCGACAACGCUGCAUACCAAGGACUGUUUGUUGUACAACCAACGGCAAAGCAAUGGGAAAACUACGCAAGCCAUCUGGACCGCAACUUCUUGUUGGGAGACCGUCCACAAGGGGCGAUAUAUCUAGCAUGGAGUGGGCACAGCAAAACCGGCAGGGUGCAGGGGAUGCUUGUGCGGCCGACACCGGCGAUGGUCGCAAACGAUGCGAAUUGGGAGAGAGCAGUACAAUGGGCAAUGGCCGACUUCGGAUUCCAAAACUGUCCCAUAUUUCGCACCGAGAUCUUGGGAGAGGAAAACGACGAGGUUGUCUUCUCCCCGCUGCGCUGCUACACAAAAGUCGGACCAACCAUCCUAGCCGCAAGCAACAAGCCCACCGAGCUGCACCUAGACGCACCCAAUCCACAAGAUUUUCUCCCACCAACACCAACUGUAGAGUGGGUCUGGAGAACAAGAAAACCAAAAAGGAUCGGGAUGGAGCCGCCCUCUCGCGAGCUGGUGGAGGUGCCGGAAAUAGCUGCUGGCAGGCACCUUUCCACCCUUUCUACAAGAAACCGCUACAUUCGUUUGGAAGAGCUAGUGGACGCCAGAGAUCGAUUGGACUGGGCGGAGAGAAUGGAGAGGAUCGUCGAGAGGGCUAGAGAGAACACCGAAAACAGGUACAGAGAGCUCGAGCGGCUGGAGGAGGCAACCAAGGAAAUACUCGCGCGCCAGAAAGAGCGGAACAACAAAAGGAAUGCCGUAUUCGAGGGACUUUUGGGAAAAACGUACAAGAUUUCCGAACACGCUGGCAAGACUUUCAAUCUCUUGGGAUAUCGGACAACAGCAACUGGCAAAAAGAGAGUGGUGCUGGAGGAGGUCGAACACAGUGGGUACGCCGUAUGCGUGUGGCCCACAAAAGGGCUAGAAAGAAUCUUGGACAACCAAUCGGAGUGUUUCGAGAAGGAGGAAGAGUACCGCGACACCACAAUCCAUUGGAUUCCGCGCAAGCCCAGUGGGUUGCAGUUCCGCGUGCAGGAUCCCAAGACAUUCUGGAACAACGAAGGUACAAAGAUCUCUUGGAACCCGCUAGACGUGCUAUCCACACCAAACAUGCAAGACCUGCAAAGGGAGCUUCUGGCCCAAAGAGAAGCGCUGGCGGGAGAGAUGGGCUUGGAGGACAGAACAAUACUUGGCCCCUGCCGCAGGCCACCACGUCCGAAAGACAGCAAAAAGGCGCUGGAGAUGCCCCCAGGAGACUAUGCUGUGGCAGGCUAUGCAGAGACAACCUGUCGAAACGCCCCAAGGACAAUCCUUUUCGCGAUCCCCCUAGACGAGAAUGGCCAGCCAACCACACCAGUGGAUACACCCAUCUGGGGUCCAUUCCUGCAAGAAGAGUUAGCAAAAAUCGCCCCCUUGGCCACCCUAGUAGGAAAGCAACUCUACGGCAGGCUGGGGCGCGAGAAAACCACCAAGUCCAAGCACAAAUGCCGCAUCGCCCAGCUC